ACACGUGGAUGCCCUAGCGGGGACCCCGACACCUGGAUUCUCUCUAGCGGGGGCCCCGGCACGUAGAUUCUUCCGAGCGGGGCCCCGGCACGUGGAUUCUCCCUAGCGGGGGCCCCGGCACGUGGAUUCUCCCUAGCGGGGGCCCCGGCACGUGGAUUCUCUCUAGCGGAGGGCCCCAGCACAUGGAUUCCCUAACGGGGGCCCUAGCACAUGAAUUCCCUCUAGCGGGGGCCCCGGCACAUGGAUUUUCCCUAGCGGGGGCCCCGGCACGUGGAUUCGCCCUAGCGACGCGGGGGCCCCGGCACGUGAAUCGUUGCCGGCUUGCUGCUCCGUGAGGACAUGGCGCUCUGCUCGUCUCUCUGUCGCCGCGCCCUCAGGAGGAUCCUCGCCCGCGGCGGAGGACGAGGAGGACAAAGAGGCGGCGACCGCGGCGGGGUUGACGGCGCGACCUUUCACGCGAGCGCCAAGCGGUGCGAGGCCGUGGUGAUCUCGGGCGUGGAGCUGGCGCGGGCGGUGCGCGCCGAGGUGAGCGACGGCGUGCGGGCAUGGGUGUCCGCGGGCCACCGUGCGCCGCACCUCGCCGUGGUGCUGGUGGGCGACGACGCGCCCAGCCGCACCUACGUGCGCAACAAGACGCGCGCCGCCGAGCUGGUGGGCAUCACGAGCACGGCGGAGACGCGCCCCGCCUCCGUCUCCCAGGAGGAGCUGCUGGCGCUCAUUCACCGGCUCAACGCCGACCCUGGCACCGACGGCCUGCUGGUGCAGCUGCCCGUGCCCGACCACGUGGACGAGCGGGCCGUGUGCGACGCCGUGUGCCCGGAGAAGGACGUGGAUGGGUUCCAUGUGCUCAACGUGGGGCGGCUGUGCCUGGACCAACGUGCCAUGCUUCCAGCCACGCCGGCCGGGGUGUGGGAGAUACUGCAGAGAGCCGGGAUCUCCACGUUUGGGAAGCGCGUGGUCGUGGCUGGGAGGAGCAAGAACGUGGGGAUGCCCAUCGCCAUGCUGCUGCACACGGACGGCUCGCACGAGCGCGCCGGAGGUGAUGCAACAGUGACCAUCACUCACCGCUACACGCCCAAGGAGCAGCUCAAAGACUUCACGUUAAUGGCCGACAUCGUCAUCAUGGCUGCUGGCGUGCCGGGGCUGCUCACGGCGGACAUGGUGCGCCCCGGUGCCUGCGUCAUCGACGUCGGCAUCAACCGCGUGGUGGACCCGCGCACGGGCCGGGCGCGGCUCGUGGGUGACGUCGACUUUGAGGGUGUGCGCCGUGUGGCAGGCCACAUCACCCCCGUCCCGGGCGGCGUGGGGCCGAUGACGGUGGCCAUGCUGAUGAGGAACACGCUGCUCGCAGCCCAGAAGGCUCUUGUUUAUUGACGUCGCCUCACUUGCCACUCAUCAUCAUCAUAACCGUCAUUCUCCACCACCGUCACCGCUAUUACCACAACACCGCUACCACUACCACCACCACUAUCAACACCGCUACCACCACCACUAUCACCACCACCACUAUCACCCACUACCGCUUCUACCGGAACCAGCACUGCUACUACUGCUGCCUUCAACACUAUCACCACCACCGCCGCCGCUACUGCUGCUGCUACUGCUGCUGCUACUGCUGCUGCUGCUACUGCUGCCGCUACUGCUGCUGCUACUGCU